AUGUGUGCCGUGUGGAUUCCGCAACACCAACCUCUAUAUCUGCACAUUUCAGAACCGACGUGUACCGUCGCUACAUCCUCUCGAACGUCAAAUACCACUGACUUCCUGACGUACCACGGUACAUUGGCAGGUCAAAUACAAGUCACUGCAUAUUUCAAAGGUUCACGGUAUUCUGGAAACGGAGAUGAGGCUUCAUCCGAAAAAAUGCUGUACAGUGGCCUCAAGGUAGUUGGGCGCCAGAGUUCUCACACUAGUGCUGCUGUCAAGAACGCAGCACCAGAAGCUGCAUUGGUUGGGACAUGUGUUGCGCAAGCCGAACCAUGGUUUGCCGAAGAGAGUACUGUUUUCCAUGCCCAACUCAGAGUGGCGUAA